AUGCUCUCCGAGGAGGAUGUCGACCGCUUCAUGGCUGAAGCCAUUGCGGAGGCACGCUCGGCCUUGGAGAGCGGCGAGGUUGCCGUUGGCUGCGUCAUAGUCGACAAGGAAUCUAGUUCAGUUGUAGCUCGAGCAGGCAACAGCACGAACAAGACGCACAACUCAACUUGGCAUUGCGAGUUUGGCGCCAUCAGCACCGUUUUUGAAUUGGUGCCAGGCGGCAAGGUUGGAUGCGGCGACCGGGACUCCUUGCACUCGUUCAUGUCGCGUUACGCGCUCUUCGUCACGUGCGAACCGUGCGUGAUGUGCGUCACUGCGCUGCAAAUAGUGGGGCUCACUGAGGUCUACUACGGCUGCCCCAACGAGAAGUUCGGGGGCUGCGGGUCAGUGCUAUCGCUACACGAAGGUUACGGCGGCAUGGCACCGUUGCGUUGUGUCAAGGGUAUCCGCGCCGACGAGGCUAUAGGACUGUUGCAGGCAUUCUACUCGUCCGGAAACCCUAAAGUUCACAUGAUCCCCAGCACCUGA